AACGCGGAAGUGACGGUCCGUCGGCGUCCCUUGAAACACCAGCAAAUUAGGCCUUCUUCCUUAAAAAAAUGGUUUUGUUUUUGGAAUGUUUAACGGGGGGUUUAUCGCAGUCGACGUUGAUUUCGGGUACUUUUAAUCCAAGCGUUUCCGUUGAGCCCAGCUCGCGAACAAAGAGUAGCGGAAGUUAGCAACAUGCUAGGCUAGUGUGCGCGAAACGAGUCUUGCUUUGGGGGGACUGCUGGCAUAAAAGUGAAGAAAGCUCCGCCGGUUUUGUUAACAACAGCAACAGUGGAGAAGGAAGACAAGAGGAAAUCAUAACGACUGGUAUUUUUUACAUUGUUUUUAUCGUGGUUCUUAUGAGAGCAAAAGUUCGGCCGCAAUGGAAGCUUCUGGAUGCCAACAGCGGGCGCAUAACGUCUCCGAGGUCAAGCCGGAGCGCCCGGAGACUCCGCGCGUCAAAGAGGAGGCGGCGGCGUCCCCCGUCGGCCGCGUCAAACGGGAAGGGGAGGAGCCGGAGCCGGAGCCCGCCCGCGUUAAAGAGGAGGAGGAGGAGGAGGAGGAACGCAGCGUCGGCGCCAAAGUCGGCGUGAAGAGCGAAGGCGACCAAGACGGAGGCGGAGGCGAGGCGAGGCUCUCCCACCCAGAGGACGCGUCGGCGUCGCGCUCCGACCCAGAGGACGCUCGUACGAGGAGCUCCAAAGCGUUCGCGUGUCGCCAGUGCGACAAAACCUUCGGCAGUAAAAGCAACCUGAAGAGGCACAUGGGCUGCCACGCGGGGGAAAAACUCUUCAGCUGCUCCGUGUGCGGGAAACAUUUCUCCCAGAAGGGAAUCUUGAUGCGACACGGCCGCACGCACACGGGAGAAAAACCCUUCAGCUGCCCCUUCUGCGCCAAACGCUUCUCCGUGAAGGGAAACCUGCUGACGCACACGCGCAUCCACACGGGGGAAAAACCCUUCUCGUGUUCGGCGUGCGCCGCCAGCUUCACCGUCCGCUCGGCGCUGGUCCAGCACGCCAGGACGCACACCGGGGAGAGACCCUUCCCUUGCUCCUUCUGCGGGAAAACCUUCUCGCAGAAGGUCAGUCUGGUGACGCACGUCAGGAGGCACACGGGGGAGAAGGCCUUCCGGUGCCGCGCGUGCGGCCGGAGCUUCUCUCACAAGUAUCAGCUCAACAAGCACCCGUGCGGACACGUCAGCGAAGGUGACGAGCGGCUACGUCGCAUUAAAGAGGAACAGCAAGAACUGGACAUCAGUCACGACGACGAGGAGGACGAAGAGGAAGAGGAAGAGGAAGAGGCUGCGUUGCCGCUCAUUCACGUGAUUGUCAAAGGCGAAGAUGACGAAGAGGAUGAAGAUGAAGGCCGCUGCUCCCGACUUGGCCAAAGCGAAACGCAAGCCGGCGGCGGCCACCGCGAGUCGCUGUCGCACUCUGGUGAGGAGGAGGAGGAGGAGGAAGACGCCAACUUGAAAUGUUUUGAAUGCGACGGAAGCUUUGCGGAUUCGCCUACCUUGCGAAGACACACGGGAGAAAAAAGCUUCAGUUGUCCCUUUUGCGACAAAGCCUUCCCCAGGAAGAGCAAUCUCAAGCUCCACGUGAGAACGCACACGGGAGAGAAACCCUACCCCUGCCCGCUUUGCGGCAAAAGAUUCUCCGAAAAGGGAAAUCUGAUGAAACACGCCAGCACGCACACGGGGGAGAAACCCUUCACGUGCUCGGUUUGCGGGGAAAGAUUCUCCCGCAAAGGCAACUUGGCCACGCACGCGCGGACUCACACCGGCGAGAAAAGCUUCGCCUGCGCCGCCUGCAGGACCAGCUUCAGUCUGCGCUCGGCGCUCAUGAGGCACAUGAGGACGCACACCGGCGAAAAACCCUUUUCCUGCGCCGUUUGCGCGCAGACCUUCUCCCAGAAAGGACAUCUGAUGAGACACAUGAGGACGCACAGCGGAGAGAAACCCUUUCCCUGCUCCAUUUGCGGCAAAAGAUUCUCGCAAAAGGGCAGUUUGGCGACGCACAAGACGACGCACGCCGCCGAGAAACCCUUUUCCUGCUCCGUUUGCGCUCAGAGCUUCUCCCAAAAGGGAAACUUGAUGAAGCACACCAGGAAGCACACAGGAGAGAAACCCUUCACUUGCGGCAAAACUUCACGCACAAGUAUCAGCUCGACAAACACAAAUGCGCUGCUGAGCGGGGCAGCAAGAAGUGAAGCUGCUGCUGCUGCCGCCACAAUCUCGACAUCCCAAGGAAAUGAAAAGUGAUUUUUUUUAGAUCGUAUUGUUGUCCCUUCCGUGGCCACCCGAACGCCGGUUACAAUGGACAACGUGGAACUUUUUCCAUUGAAACUUUCAAAGAAAACAUCAAUAAAUACAAUUGAAAAAACAAAAAAAAAAAUCCCCCGUCCCGUUCAUUGUUGUUGUUUCUUUUUUAGGGUGGGACUAAAAAGAUGGGGGUCCACUGAGCAGGUGUACCUCUAAAUGGAAAGUUGCAUUUUGUCGAGAAAGGCCAAAGUGUUGAUCAAAUUCAUCUGCAACAAUUUCGAUGAUGCAUUUGACUUUUUAGAGCCAUGGUCGAACUUGAAAGCGUCCAAAUCGUCUG